CACUAGUGAGUCAGGAAGCACUUGUACCUAGCUUUACAAGGCUGGUUAUUUGUCUUCAGUAUUUUCUCAAAACCAAAACGUGUCACUCGAUUCUGACUUUGUCCGCGGUAAGAUACUCUUCUGUUUGUUAAUGACAUGACAACAUUAGCGAGAGCGAUACUGCAGCAGGAUUUGGAUCAUUUUCUGACUGUCUAACUACUUCCCGUCAAGAGUGACUGCAACCUGAUAAACACACACUGACAGCAUGACAGUGUUUGAAAACUGCACGGUGGUGUUAGAUGUGAAGAACCUGCCUUUUAAAUGCAAGAAUAAACUGAGAUUAGCUCUUCUGGAGAAUGGAGGAACCAUCUCAUAUGUCAUCAACAAAGAGUGCUCUUUUGUGGUCACUAGCAGUGUGAAUGAUCUGAGCAGUAACCGGCAGCGCAGCAUCCAGAAGCUGCAGAUCCCAGUGGUCGGGGCACAGUAUGUGUGGAGCUGUCUGGACCAAGGACAUCUCCUGCCUUUGAAGGAGCAUACUUUGACCCCACAGCUGCCAUUUCCCGCCUCUGAAUUCCUCCCUCCUUCAGGGAAAGAGACAUUCAAAGGUCUCCCUGAACUCCCAAAGACUGAGGUUGAGGUUCUUGAGAAGGGUGGACCCCGUCCUGGCAGGUUCAGAGUUUACAAAGAAGGCGGCCAUGACCUGCCUAAAUUUCCUUCAUAUUUUCAAGUGGCCAAGUAUUCAGUUUUUGAGAGAGUCAAACCCAAGACCUUGUCUGUUCUGGAGCUGCAGAGUGCCAAAGGCCGAGAAGGCCAGCAGUAUCGUGUGUUGUGUUCAGGCUUGGGUGAAGCUCAGACCGCAGUGGUUCAGGACAAGAUUGUGUUCUGCGUGACGUCUGAAGAUGCCGUGGAAGCAUAUCUGCAGCUGAUGAAGGAGAUGGAGGCCGAGGGAUUCACAAAGACACACACACUUCUCCCUGAGCUUGAGCGCCUGGCAUCCUACAGUCUGAAGCAGCUGCUGUUGGAGGAGAAGCUAAACUGCAGCACGUUGUCAAAGGAAGUCGGUGUCUUUGUGGAGCUGGUUUGGACCGAAGCUCUCGGUUCUCUUAACAACAUCCUGACGGUUCCUGUCUCCAGAAUCAGCCUCAAUGAUGUGAGCAGGGUGGAGGGAUUGUUACUGCAGGCACAAAAGACUGAGAAAGAGGAGGAAGUCAAAGCCCUGCUGGACGAAGUCAACACUCUUCUGCCCCUCAGAAAGAUCGACCCUCCAUCUAAACACAAGCUUGUGUCUCAGAAACUAGACCUUUGUCAGCUGAUCAGAGAUAUAGUAAAUGUGAGCGAGACCACUCUGGGAAGCCCCUCACCCUCGUCUCUGGGAAAGUAUCGAGCUCUGAGGUGCAGCAUUGAGGUUGUUCCACCACAAAACCCUGAGUUUCAUGUUGUAUCUCAGCUGCUUCGGGACAGGCCUGUUCAGAUUCAGCAGAUACUGCGUGUCAGCAGAGGGGUGGAGCUUCAGUUGUUUAUGGAGGACUUGGGCAACAUUAAACCCCUCCUUCACUCCACUAGUCCCAGCAGUUUUGUUGGAAUACUGUCACGAGGUCUGCUGCUGCCCAGGGUUGGAGUCGAACAGCAUGGGAUUGAGAGAACGGAUAUCGGGAAUCUCGGAGGAGGAAUCUACUUCAGUGACUCUCUAAAGACUAGUGUGAAAUACUCCAAGCCCAGUGUGACUGACGGCUCUCGGCUGCUGCUGGUGUGUGAAGUGGCGUUGGGUCGGUGUAAGGACCUGCUGAAGAAAGACACCACAUUGACUCGUGCUCCUGACGGCUUCCACAGUGUUCAUGGAGUCCAGCGCUCUCCCAACAGACUCUCUGAAUUUGAGGAUGAUGAGUUUGUGGUCUAUAACACAGAGCAGAUUAGACUGAAGUAUGUGGUGCAGUACAGUCUGGAGGGAGACGAGUUAAAAGAUUUCCAGCCUCAAAUCAACACUGAGCUCACGGACACAACGCCUGAUAUCUUGUCCAGUGAUGACUGCGAGGCUUUGGAGUCCACUAAGAAUCCUCUGGAGGAGAUGAACGCAGGUUUGCUGGACAGCAGUGGUCAGAAACUUCCUCUAAAGGCUGUCAAUGUGAGAUGCAAGCUGAUGGACCUGCUGUGUCAGGUCGUCUUAUUUCAGACCUACACAAACCAGAGUGCUGUUCCUAUUGAAGCCAAGUAUGUUUUUCCACUGGAGGAGACGGCAGCAGUGUGCGGAUUUGAAGCCUUUAUCAACGGAAAACACAUCGUGGGAAAGGUAAAGGAAAAGGAGCAGGCUCGUAAGGAGUACAAACAAGCCAUAGAGAAAGGUCAUGGAGCAUACCUGAUGGACCAGGAUGCACCUGAUGUGUUUACUAUCAGCGUGGGGAAUCUUCCUCCUGGAGCCACAGUUUUGAUCAAGGUGACGUUCAUCACUGAGCUGGUGGUCAGAUCAGGAUCCGUAGUCUUCUCACUGUCUGGCAGCGUGGCACCAUGGCAACAGAGAGCCGCCAUUAAUCAGACCACUCAGGCCACUGUUGAAAAGAUUGGUGUGACGGAGCUUCAGUCAGAGGGGGAGUUUUCUCUGUCUAUGUCCAUUGAAAUGCCUUAUGAGAUCAUCAACUUGAGCUCUUCACACCGCAUCAAAACCAAGAGGACAGACUGUAAGGCAGUGAUCAGCACGUUACCGGGACAGACUCUGGGGUCUGAAGGGUUACAGGUGUCCUUCAGUCUUUCUAAUAUCCACAUGCCCAGGAUGUGGGUCGAGAAGCAUCCGGAUAAAGAUAGUCAGGCCUGCAUGCUGGUGUUUUAUCCAGACUUUAAGUCCAGCGAGGUGUCCGGCUCUGGAGGUCCGUCCAGUGUGAGUGAUGUGGUCAUUCUUCUGGACUCCUCCAAGUCCAUGCAGGGAGACGCCAUGCUUAACGCCCGCAGGAUUGCUCUUCAAGUCCUCAAAUCUCUGGACCCCUCACUGAAGAUCAACAUAAUCUCUUUCAGCACUGAUUACAAAGAAGCUUUUCCUGCCCCAGUGCCUUUAGAUGAGGCAUCUGAAGCAGCCAGAAAAUUCAUUAUGUCGUGUGGCGGCUCUGGUGGCAGCACUGAUCUGUGGAGGCCUCUCCGGAGCCUGAGUCUGCUGCGUCCCGGCCGGGGCGUGAGGAACAUCCUGCUGCUCUCUGAUGGACAUGUUCAGAAUCAGCCUCUCACUCUGCAGCUGGUCCGAGAAAACUCCUGCCACACGCGCCUCUUCACCUGCGGACUCAGCUUGACAGCUAAUCGUCAUAUGCUCAGAGCUUUGGCUCAGGCGGGGGGAGGAACAUAUGAAUUUUUUGACACAAAGAUGAAACACACUUGGACACAGAAGGUGCGAGCUCAGGUUCAGCGUAUGGAGGCUCCAGGCUGCAGAUCAGUGGCAGUGAAGUGGCAGCAGUUUAAUCCCACAGCGCCGCGUCCUGUUCAAGCCCCCUCACAGCUUCACGCUCUCUUCAGUGACUGUCACACUCUCGUCUACGGAUUUGUGCCACACUGCACUCAGGCCACACUGUUUGGUGAUUUGAGUGGACAAGAGAUCAAAACGAUGGUUUCCACCACAGAACUACAAAAGACAAAGGGGACUCUCCUUCACAAGUUAACAGCAAGAGCGAUCAUCAGAGACUAUGAAGAUGGCAUUCUAGCUAACAGUGAGGCAGAACACGAGGGGAAGAAAGCAGAGCUGAAGUCCUACAUCAUUGAGCUCAGUAAAGAGUUCUCCAUCUUGUCCCAGUUCACAAGCUUUGUCGCCAUUGAAGAGAGGGAGCAGAAUGAGCUUGACACUGGGUUCACAGAUAUUCCUAAAAUCAUAUCAGAGGAGGAGGUGGACAUUUUGCCAUAUAUAGGCUGGACUGAAGAGAAGCUGGAUGCUCUGCAUAGUAGCAGUGAUGAAGAUGAUGAUGUGGGCCACAUUAUCUCCUCAUCUCCAGAUCUCCUGUAUUCUGCUUGUGUACAAGCUGAUUUUUAUGAUGAUUUUAUGGAUGUUUAUUCUGAUUCUGAUUAUGAAUUCAUUGGCCAAGAAUCUGAAUGUCCCCCUUCUACUCCUAGCUCAAGAACCCUCGGGUAUCGUUCAAGUGGCUAUCUGCCAACUACAUUUGUUUUAAAGAGUGCACCACUUCACUUUAAUGCACCAGUAGCUGCUCCCAAAGUUUCUCUUCCUCCUCUUUUUGAUGAUUUAAUGAUUGGCAGUCCUGUCCUUGACCCUCCCUGUAACAUUGAGGCAGUGGAAUCUCUCCCCUUAAAUUACAGCCUUGAUUCCCAGUCAAGCAUGACUCCUGUAGGUGCCUCAAUGGAUGCUCUUCAUAGUGUCCGUCAUCGACGCCAACGAUAUACUUCCACCCAGUUUUCCUAUGACAGAGAGUUUGCCACCAAGCUUUCUGCCUCAACUCCUCCUGUCUAUGCAGAUUGUCCUCCUCUCGCAUCUCAGAAAUUCAUGUCUUCAAGACCUGAAUUUUUUUCCCGGAGAAACAUGGCUGUUGGCCCCACUGUCUUUGAUCAACCUGCAUUGUCUGCGCCGCCCUCUCUCCCUCUAUCUGGUGGCUUUGGCGGUUUCCUUCAGAGUCAAAAUGAGUCUUUGAGUUUUGGUUCCUCAGCCACUGGACUCUUUGGAGCAUCACCGGGACAGCAGCAACAGACACAACAAGCCGCUUUGACUUCUAAAGCUGCUACACAGAGUGUCACUUCCUCCAUGGCUCCCCUUCUUCAGCCUGCAGGUCCUAAAUUCGUCUUUGGAACUUCAAAUAAUGCAUUUGGUGGCAGUACUGGUCUUUUCAAAAAGGCGGCUGAGCCCGAACAGUCUGGUUUCUCCGCUUUUACCAUUGGAGUAUCUCAGCAACGAAAACAUCCUGUGUUUUCUGCACCUGGCUUUCCUAAGGGGAGAGGAAACAUAGGUCUGUCGCUUCCAGGAAGACCAAUAAGCAGACCAGACACAGUGGCCUGGAAUGAGCUGUUUGAACUUCAGCAUGAGGAUGGAUACUGGGAGUGCACUGACAGGCUGAGCAGCUUCCUCAACCUGGACAUAGACUUUUUUGCCAAUGUCUUCCUUCAAGAGAAAGGCAUCCGUUCAUUUGGUGUGAAGGCUCAUGCUGAAGUUCUGAGGCUGGUGGCGACUCUGCUGGUGCUGCAGCUGAUCCGGGUGAAGAAGCUGGAAGUGGGACGGCUGUUGGAGUCUCUCCUUCGACUAAAAGAUCCCCAGGAGCCCAGACCGCUGUACUGGGAGGCAGUGAAGAGGGCCGUGGACUGGGCCUGUCGGACGGACAGACAGUAUCCGUGUGUGUGCAGCAGGCUGGAGAUGGGCUGGGAUUGGGAAUCAUCUACACGUCAACUACUGGGCUGUGAUUCUCCACACCCUUAUUCCCCGCUCAAACCUGUUCUGGAGAGACGUGUGGACGUGUCAGUCAUGUAGAAACUGGGCAAAUACUGCACUUACAGCACCUCUUCAUUGACAAGCUUGCUGUUUGUUUGCUAACAUUUUUUCCCCAUAACUACACAUUUUAAAGUCACUAUGAUUUAUUUUUUAGUACAUUCUCCUUAAAUUCACAUGGAUGCAGAUGCUAGAAACAGCUAAAAAGAUUCACUUCUGCAGUUUAAGUUAGAUAUCAGAAAGAUCAUUUAACAUAAAGACAGUGGGACAAAGACAUCGAAACAUUUAAUAAAAUCAGUUCAUAAUUA